AUGGUCAGUAACAAAAACGAUUAUGAAUACCAACAAGGCUUUGGUAAUACUUUUGCUUCUGAAGCUUUAAAAGACGCACUUCCUGAAGGCCAAAAUACACCACAAAAAUGUCCUUAUAAUCUUUAUGCCGAACAAUUAUCGGGCACAGCAUUCACAGUACCUCGUACUCACAAUCAAAGAAGUUGGUUAUAUCGUAUUCGUCCUUCAGUAGUACAUACUCCUUUUACACAUCAUGCAACACUGAAUAAUUUAGUCAAGUCAAAGUUUGGAGGAGAAGAUGUGUUGAUCACACCUACUCAAAUUCGCUGGAGUCCCUUUGACAUGCCUGCAUCUAAUAAAGAGGUUAAUUUUGUUAAAGGUUUGCGUACAUUGGCUGGUGCUGGCGAUCCUGCUUGCCGUUCAGGCCUUGCUGUUCAUAUUUAUACUGCCAACGCAGAUAUGGGUAAAUCCGCUUUUUAUAAUUCUGAUGGUGAUUUUUUGAUUGUAGUCCCUCAACAAGGUGUACUUGAUAUUAUUACUGAAUUCGGUAAGAUGAGAGUGGCUCCUAAUGAAAUUGCCGUGAUCCAAAGAGGGAUUCGCUAUACUAUCAACUUGCCCGACAAAGGAUCCAGAGGUUAUAUUCUUGAAGUCUUUGGAGCUCAUUUUGAAUUACCAGACUUGGGCCUUAUUGGUGCCAAUGGCCUUGCUAAUCCUCGAGACUUUUCAACGCCUAUUGCUGCUUUUGAAGAAGAGAAUGAUGUAGAGUGGACAAUCAUUACCAAAUUCAACGGCCAAUUGUUUGCUGCUAAACAAAACCAUACACCAUUUGACGUUGUUGCUUGGCAUGGUAACUAUGCCCCUUACAAAUACGAUUUAGAUCGUUUCUGCGUCAUUAAUACAGUGUCUUUUGAUCAUAUUGACCCUUCCAUCUUUACUGUCUUGACUGCUAAAUCAGAUACACCUGGUGUGGCCAUUGCUGAUUUUGUUAUCUUCCCUCCUCGUUGGGCAGUUGCUGAAAAGACAUUCCGUCCACCCUAUUUUCAUCGCAACUGUAUGUCAGAAUUUAUGGGCCUCAUCAAAGGUGAUUAUGACGGUAAGGCAGACGGUUUCUCACCUGGUGGUGCUUCUCUUCAUAACAUCAUGACUCCCCAUGGGCCUGAUGCUGCUGUAUUUGAAUCUGCCUCUCAAGCCGACCUUAAGCCUGUUUAUGUCGGAAAGAACAACCAAGCAUUCAUGUUUGAGACCUGCUUUAUGCUUUCACUUACACCUUGGGGGCUUAAGACGUGUGGAAAGGUUCAAGAAGACUAUUAUAAGGCAUGGGCAGCAUUAGAAAACAAAUUUAACGGAAAAUUACAAUAA